AAGUAAUUUUAUAAUGGAGUGAUUUCCUUUAGAAUCUUGUUUAAUGACCGCAUGUGUGCUUUUGCCAAUAAUACUGCCUGAUGCGAUGGAGGAGCUGGUGAACUCUUUUAACACCUGUUGGCUGUUGUCCAGCUUAUUUCCUCUUGCUUUCCCUUUCUUAUUCAUUACUGUUUAAAUUUAACUGAAGAAAAAACAAUACAGGUCAGCAGUUCUGUAAGUCCCUCUGAGAAAAUCAGUGCGCUGAUGUGCAUUUUGAUAUAAAUUCACUUUUUUAUAUAAAAUGCGUCCUCGGACAAUUUUCUUUUUAAGAAGUAUACAAAAGCAGUUAUAAACCAUACCUCUCAAUGUCGAUGUAGAACCCCAAAUAUGUUGUAUCUCUGUGCUGACUAGGCUAUCUGUUUGAAUAGUUUGUAAAAUGGGGAAGUUAAGCCUUAUCUACUGUGAAAUACCAUCUUUUGCAAACUGCUAGACCGCUUACAGAGUAACUUGGACAUCCGCUGCAAAUAUACAGCUUUCUUAGAAAAAUUAGAAAAUCAAAUAGCUGUUUUAUGCUAGAAAGGUGACUGCUAUUGCAUAACUGUGAAGAGUUGGUUACCCCUAAUGUUUUUGUACACCACUUGUUUGGCUUCUGACCUUUAUCAAUAACAAAUAUGUUCCCGUUUUUCCUCACAAACGUUUGCUGCUCGUAAAGAUAACCAGCCUUUUAAUCUGAGGUUCACUACACAUGGAUCGAGCUCCCCGUGCCCUACCUCCACUGCCAAGCCAAGAGGCAGGAGAUGAGCUGCCUCUAAGCAGACCUAAAAAGAAGAGGUCUAAAGCAGCCAAUGGAGUAGAAAACCCAGAUGAGUCCACAGCGCAACCUGAGAGUCGGAGACAGUCGGAGAGCAGAGAGCCCUUGAGCCCAGAUCCUCAGGAUGUGCCCCCUACGAGGAAGAGGAAGAAGAAGAAGGUGCAGACACCAGAUUCCGAAACCUCAUUCAUGCAGCACAGCGCCUCCGAUCCCUCGGAGCAGAAGGACCUGGCCGAUGGAGAAGGAGCCGAGCAGGCCGAUGGAGAGGAGGUGGCUCGCAAACCUCGGAAAAAAACCAAGAAAUCACGGACAGCUGAUCUUCAGUACACCAAUGAGCUGGGGGUGGAGGAAGACGACAUCAUCACAGACGUCCAACACCCCAUUCCCCAGCAUUCCCUGUUCUCCGCUCCUCUGGGCAACAGCCAACCCGUUGGCAAAGUGUUUGUGGAGCGAAACCGUCGAUUCCAAGCUGCAGAGCGGUCAGAACUCAACAAGCCUGCCGAGCAGGUGGACGAUUACAUGGAGGUGAAACCUCUCUGGACCACAAAAGAUGUAGCCAUGAGGGUGCACCGAGGAUUCAGGGUCAUCGGCUUGUUUUCACACGGCUUCCUGGCGGGUUACGCGGUGUGGAAUAUCAUCGUUGUGUACGUGCUGGCAGGGAAUGAUCUUGCUGCCCUUCCCAACCUGCUGCAACAAUACAAGACUCUGGCCUACCCUUCGCAGUCCCUGCUCUACCUGCUGCUGGCCCUAAGCACUGUAUCUGCCUUCGACAGGGUAAACUUAGUUAAAGCAUCAGUGGCUCUCCGUGGGUUCCUCACAUUAGAUCCAGCUGCUGUGGCUUCCUUCUUGUAUUUUGUAGCUCUCAUCUUGUCUUUGAGCCAGCAGAUGACCAGUGACCGAAUAAACCUUUACUCACCUAACAACGAAACCUUAUGGCCUGCUGGCACUGAACAUCAGAUCCUACAGCCCUGGGUUGUGGUCAAUCUGGUAGUGGCACUGCUGGUGGGACUGGCCUGGGUUUUCCUUUCCACCAGACCACUGACGGAUUACACAGAAGAGAGCUUGUUUGGUAUGGAAUUGGAAGAGUACCCAAAGACAGAGGAAAAAAAUGAAAUUCAGGCAUAAAGAUUUUUUUAGUUUGUUGAAACUAGUUUGAAAUUGUAGCCUUGAUGGUCUGUUUAUGUACUGUAAACAACUUAAAUGUACCCUGCAUGAUGUUUUUUUUAAGAAAUUUAUUUUUGU